AACGACGACGACGACAACGCAAACAGUAAGUCGGUCGAACUGUUAAACCGCGGUCGUGGUCAGCGGUCUGAGAGUGUUUUUCCGAGCGGUUACCCAGCUGUGGAGUGGUCAUCGCGUUGACUUGCGGUGCGGUGGCAGCUGUAGCGUCCCGACCGCGAACCAACUAUUCACUUACCUGUAAUAUACUUGGACACUUAGCUGAGAAAUACCCGAAAUGGGGGCAACGACCACGCUCACCGUGACCGGUAUCAUAUUCUUGACGUUGGGCGUUUUCGUCGGAUGGAUCGCUUUCCCGAAAAUGAUACACAACAAGAUCUUAGAGGUUAGUACACUAAUGAUCAACUACCAACCGCGUAAAUUGGCCAGGAUUUGCACCGCUCGUGGAUUGGUACGAGAAGAGUUCGCCAAAUGUUGUUACUAAAAAUGUAUUUGAACAGCAUGAAUUAACGGGUGAAACGAUUAUGACCUGAUAAUUCUUCCCCCCCCCCCGCAGAAACUACAGUGCGGGACGACAAUCGCAUCCGUUUUAUCUCCGAAAUGUUGCAGUUGGAAUGGAUUUGAUUUAUCUAGAAUUUAUCGUGUACUGUGGGCAACUGUAGAACAGCUAAGUCUAGACUAAGACAUAGAAAAUUCAGUGGCAAUUCCAUAGAGUUACACUCCAUACACGCAAUGUACUCUUAAAAUAUUUUUAUUUUUUUUUUAAGCCAUGGGUAUCCUGCACUUGUUCUCAAGUCUUAAUGAAUUCGCGAUAAAGAAGUAGCUGUUUAUCGCAAACGGAAUAAUAUAUAUUUUUAGUACGAAUUUUAUUUUCUCCGAGAAAAACUGUGCAUUACACGACUGUGUUCGUUGCAUUUUAUUAACAAAUUAAAUCGACAAUAACAUAUUAUUAUAAUAUACAAUCAACCGGCAAUACUGAAGAUAAUAAUUAUAAAAAUGCAUGUCUAAUAUUAUCGUGAAUAUGUUCAUACACUGAAUAAUAACUACCUAUACAUACUGAAAUACUGAAAUCUAUAAAUAUAUUAUAUACGACCAUCAAUCCUGUAUUAACUGCCGGCGCAUUAUUUGUGUGGUGGAAGCGUUUUGAUAGUGAUCCAUAACUCUACCCCCGCUGAAACCUUGGCGGUUUUGAUAAAACAUCAAAGGAGGGCGAUUUUAAAUUCGUUGGGCCCCAUAUCAUAUUAACAUAAUAUAUCAAAUAAAGGAUAAAAUUUGUCUAUAGUCCUAUUAUAAAUUACACAUAAUUUUUAUUUUAGACUCUGAGUGGAGCGAAGAAGCUUAUGGUUUUUAAACUAGUUUGUCUGUGAACAACUUUUAUACUAGAGAUCUUAUUCCGAUGUAUACAAUGUAGCAACUUUUCUGAAAAAAAUAUUUGUUGGGGAGGUACUGUAAAGAGGUAAUUUUUUCGAUUUUCUCCCGAGUUUCCCAGCAAAUGUGAAAAACUGGAAAAAACAUAGGAAAAACGGGAAAAUCGGUACAAUAUUAAAGAAAUAUUAUUAAAGAAAAUAUAUAGGCAAUACCUAUUUAAUUUUUUUAACACAAUAUAAUAUAUAUUGUUGACAAAGCAUCACUAUCAACUGAACUUUGCUUAGAAUCGUAUUUUUGUUAGCAAUGAUCUAUCGUUGUUUACGUAUAGAACAUACCUAACAAUUGACCAAGAAAUAAAAGAAGGAGGGAGGUCACCAUCAUCACCUCCUAAAAACCGCCACUGCGCUGAAAAUUAAAAGUGGAAUAUUUCAUCAACAAAUUGACAGAAAUUAAAAAUGUCAACACCAAAAUUGAUUUGAACUAAAACUUCGUGUGUUUAUUGUUUAUUGUUGUCAAUUUAGGUUGUCACUUGAAAAGAAAAACUUAAUUAAAUAUUGGUUUCACCCCUCAAAAUAAAGAUGACAAAAAAUAACAAUUUUAUAACAUUUUAGAGCUACUUUUUUUUUAAAUUAUCUAAAAAACAAUUUCCGAAAAACUUUUUUUCGUUAUAUUGAGUAUCUGAUGUGUGUUGAUAAUUCUAUGAAUGUUCGUAAAAUUUCCGAAGAAAAAAUGUCCUGAAGUAAAAAUGCCCAGAGGUAAAAAUGUCCGGCUUGUACACUGUAGGUAUAGCUAGAUAACAAGAACUAACCCAAGUCGAUAGUAACUUGUUUUACGAUGAAAUUCAAGUAAAUGUCAAACAUUUUUUUUUUUUGCCAAAACAAUAUUAUCCAAAUAAAACUAAAAAGGAAAGCCGGGCUACUUCGCACGUGGGUGCAGCCACUGUUGUAAAUGAAGUUAUGUUAGAUUAGGUUCGGUUGGGAAGGUGGUAGAAGAGAAAUUCAAUGUAUAUCUGUUAGUAAUGAUGAAACAUUGCUACCAAAAAGCCGAUUCUGAGCGGAGUUGCUUUGUCAACAAUAUUAUAUGUCACAUUACGAUAAAAUAAUUACAUAGGCAUUUUUUAUUUCCUUUAAAAUAAUAUUUCUUUUAUAUUGAACCUAUUUUCCCGUUUUUCUUACAGUUUUCCAGGUGUUCUAUUAAUUUAUUUUAUAAUCAAUGACCGUUAGAUAGGGAACUUUAUAACCCUCUUAACCGUUUUUAUUUUUUAAUUUUUUUACAGUGCUAUUUUCAGGGUUUUUUUUUUAGCGCAUUUGUGAAGCUUUCUUUGUGAAUUAUCAGAGCACAUAAAUCCGGUCCCUACUUAUUAUUAAAUAUAAAAUACUCAAAUAACGGAUCUUAUGGAUAUUUUUAGCCUUCCAGCAGCUACUGUUCGUAUUAAUAAUUUUUAUCACAACAAUAUAUUAUUAUUACACUAAGCAGUGUCAGGUAUAGGUAUAGAUACAACACGCAUGUUAUUCUGAAUAAAACCUAACAAUAUAUAUUCUUCUCUCGCGUUCUUUAGUUAAAAAAUGAAAAAAAUUAAAUGUGACUUGUUUUUUCCCAAUUAUACAAUAUAUAAAUCCUGACAUAUAUAUUUUUAUAAUACGCAUUAUUCUAUUAUAGCCUAUGGGUAUACAAUUUUUUUUAUAUACGAUUCUAACGUAAAUUCGUUAAAUAAAAUGUAUUUAUUACACCAAGACAAUUAUUUUAAUAAUCUCUCUUCAUUAUUUUAUAAUGAACAUAAUAUUCAAUUUUAUAAUACCAUUAUAAUACCAAAUACGUACCUACCUACCCACAUUAUAUUAUAAUUAUACAAAAUAAUUUACACCGGGUAACAUCAGACUACAAAGAGUAUUUAAAUAAGCAUAAUAAAUAUAAAUGUGAUUUUUAAAUUUUGAGCAAAAUAUAUUGUUUUUAUUAUGUUACGAUUUUUUUUUCUAUCUGUAUACGAUUUCUAUCAGUAUGGGAACUCUGGGCCUCAAAUUCGAUAAACCCGUAGCACCAAAUGUCUCACUGAGGGCAUGCGGAACAGCUAGUAAUUAUAUUAAUAUGACUUUUGUUUUUGGUAUUUAAUUUUGGUAUCAGGAAAUAUCCGUAUAAACAACAUUAUUUAAACCAGCAACUGUGUCGAAAGCACACAGUUUUUUUUUUACCAAGAAACGUUUUCUUGAUACAAUUAUAGAUGCGCAUUUGUUUCCAUUUAUUAACAAAUUGUUUUUGGAUGAAAGAGUUUUUCUUUUUUCUUUUAUUAUUUAUGUAUUUAUUUCAUAUUUCUUUAUCUAGAUCCGUGUGCAUUGUUCUUUGGUAUACAUUUUCCAGUUUGUUAUUAUAUUUAAUAAAAAUAUUAUUUCAGAUUGUUUUUCCAUUCCAAUUUCCAAUAAAAUUUGUUGAUCCAUUAAGUUCUUCGUACUGUUAAUCAUGUGCAUUGUCUUGUUAUUUCGCUUCUUCAAGUUGCCCGUCAGAUUCAACUGACUCUAAUUGUUGAAAUGAUUGAUCUGUCUUUGUAUCGUUUUUUAAGUGUCAAUUUGUUUUAAUUAGUUGACGUUGCUAUUUAGUAUCAAUAUUUUCCAAUUAUUUUAUUACAAAUUCGUCUGGUGACAUUAGACAUACGUCGAAAUUUAAUAGUUGUGUUUUCAGUUCAUUAAAAUAAUUUUCCGUAGCUUCGGAUAAUUCUAUUUGGAACUGAGAUAUAUUGCGAAGAGCAUAAGUUUAUAGGAUAAACCUUCUACAAUUAAACGUAACAUUGUAUUGAAUACAGAAAUACUGUAGGCGCUAUCAUAAUAAAACUAAAUAUAUAUUGACACAGCGACGCGAUGACGUAAUUGUGACCGGUGGAAAACAUCGAAAAUUAAAUGAAAAAAAUACGUAAGUACGCACUUAGUGAUUUCAACCCGCGACUCCGCGUACCGAAACGCCGACGCACAAACACUGAGACACGCCGUCGUCUAAUAAUAUACUUCGUGUUAUCCAUUUAGCCUGGAAUAGCAGUGUGAAUUUAUAUAGGUUUAUAUUUUAUAUAUUCUGUAAUUAUACGAUGUACCUACCCGAAUCUUAACUUUACACAAUACAUAAAACCAUUUAUUACAUAAUGAUAGCUGUUAUAAUUAAUUAAUAUACUGAUCAUUAUAACCAUUGAAGCUUAGAUGGAGACCAAAUUUCAGAACUUAAAGUUCUGAAAACCGAGUUACAAAUAAUAACAGACGAGUUACAAAACAUUGACAUCGGUUCGGAAUCGAAAUAUCAAAAUGCAUUGCCAAUCAAUAUACAAUAGUCAUUAAAAUUGUAUGAUAUAGUUAUGUUUGCCAUGAAAUGUUUAUUUUUCAAUAAAUGUCUGAUGUAAAUACGUUUUGAAAUCAUAUAUUAUAAAAUGCUACAUUUUCCUUAAUUUUAUCACCGAAAUUUUGGGUGUGACACGACUACCUAAUUUUGAUUUUUAAAUGUCAACAUAUAUUAAUAAGUCCAUUAAUAGAUGGAGUUUAGUUUAAAUGCAUUUUUAUAUUGAAAUUGUUUAUUUCCGUCAACCCGUUGCCGAGAUAUUCCGCUUUUAAGUUUAGUUGGGGAGAGAGUAGUAACUAGUAGAGCAUCAUUUGAAUAGUGCACUACUACUUUGCCGUUACCCAAACUUAUAAUAGUGAAAUAUCGCGUCAACGGGUCGACAGAAAUCAAUAAUUUCAACACAAAAUUGCAUUUAAAUUAAUACUAGGUGCAGUCGAUAAAUAGAUAUGUUUAUGGACUUUUUAAAUAUAUGUUGACAUUUAAAAAUCAAAAGUAGGUAGUCGUUUCAUCCUCAAAAAUAUGGGUGAUAAAAUAAAGACAAUGUAACAUUUUAUAAUAUGCAUAUGAUUAUAAAAAGUUUUUAAGUAAGUCAUUUUUUAAAAUAAUAGUAUUUUAUGGACAUUUUUACUGUAUCGUAGAAUUUUAAUAAACUUGCAUAUACAUAUACGGUAAACUUAUUUAAAUUCGUUAUUAUAUUCGUAUAAUAUAUUAUAAAUACAUCCACAACUGUACACGCCAUGGUACAUCAGACGAGAGCCUACUAAACACUUAAAUAUUUUUCUUUUAAUACACAUACAAGGGCGUACACAAAAAACACCGAACUAUUUUUGUACAAAGUUAUUUAUUUCCUUUUUGUACAAAAAACUUUUAAUCUCCUUCAAAGUACUCUCCGUUGGAGUUAAUGCACUUGUCCAAUCUUGUGUUCCAAUUUUCGAAGCACUUUUUAAACUCAUCUUUUGUGAUGCCUGCCAACGCCUCCGUCGUUUUUUUUUUAACUUCAUCAAUGUCCGCGAAACACUUUUCUUUCGUGUUCCUUUUCAUUCUGGGGAAUAAAAAGAAGUCACAGGGAGACAGGUCGGGUGAAUAGGGUGAAUGGGACACAGUGGUCAUAUCAUUUUUGGUCAAAAACCGCCGUACAGAAAGGGCUGUGUGAGCAGGAGCAUUGUCGUGAUGAAAAAACCAGUCUCCUGACAGCCAUAAAUCAGAUCUUUUUCGCCUCAAACUGUUGCGUAAUCUUUUUAACACCUUUAGGUAAAAUGCCUGGUUAACUGUCUGACCAGGUGGAACAAACUCCGAAUGGACGACUCCUCUCACAUCAAAAAAACAAAUGAGCAUUGUCUUAAUGUUUGACCUCACUUGACGAGCUUUUUUAGGGCGAGGCGAUGCUGGAGUCUNGGUAAUUUUGGAAUUCUUUCAAAGAAGAACAUGAUUCCACGUGGCCUUGUUUUUGCUGUUCAGUUAGCAGUCGAGGAACAAAUUUUGCAGCCACCCGUCUCAUCCCCAAAUCUUCACUUAAAAUUCUCUGUACUAAACUCCAUGUCACACCAGAUCUCUUCACUACUUCUUUGAUGGUUUGCCGUCGAUCUUCCAGGAUAAUUUUGUGAAUUUUUUCUACAUUUUCGUUGAUUCGUGCCGUCGAAGGACGUUCAGAGCGAUCUUGGUCGUCUAUCGACAUUUCACCACUUUUAAAACGGGAAAACCACUCAAAUACUUGAGUUUUCCCUAAAGCAUCACCUUUGUAAGCUGUUUUAAACAUCUCAAGGGUUUCUGUGCCUGUUUUCCCGAGCAGGAAGCAAAACUUGACGGUCACGCGCUGUUCACGCAAAUCAGCCAUUACAAAAACGACGAGUACGAAAAAUAACUUUUAAAAAAAAUAUCACACCAACGUAACACAACCUUCCACGAUGACGGCCGUUGGUAUAUUGAAUGUUGAGAAGUAUAUUUUUACACCCCUACCUGAAAAAAAUCGGUUCUACUAAAACUCUGUCCCACACAACAUCAGUUCGGUUUCUUUUGGGUACGCCCUCGUACAUAUUAAUUUAUGCUUUACUUUAUACAACAAUCAUAAAAUUUAAAUUAAAUUUAUUUGAAUCAACUUGCGAAGCCUUCAGGCAGUAGCGCCAUGGGCUUGUUUUUAUUAUUAUUAUUUUUUUUUUUUAUGGCUAAGGGACAUAUAAUUUUAUUUUGUUUUUCAUAUUUAACUACCAUAUUUUUAUUAGCAUACAAUUUUGUUUGUAUCUUUGCUGUCGGAGUUUUUAUGCCCUUAAGAAGGUCCGUUCCGUUUCAUUAUUUAUAAAUUAACCAUUCUGUCGAGCGUUCAUAUAAUACAUUUACAUUUUUCAUUAUAUUCAACAGUCAAAGCCGCUUUUUCGUUAACAUUUCAUUUGUAAUCCCUUAAUCUAGUUCCUUUAUUGGCCUUAAAAAAAAAAAAAAACAAUUCCAAUCUCUAAAUCAAUUCGAUCACUAACAUUUUGAAAUAUUAUAUUAUGCAACCUCACUUGAAUUUUUCAGGGUGGUGGUUGAUGAGAUAAAAUAAAAAUAUUAAUCCCACUUGCGGUUUUAGCAUUUUAAUUAAGUAAAAAAUAUCACAAUAGAAUUGAAAACGACAGUAAAAUAUUAAUUCCAAAAUCGUUUCUAAAUGAUUGGAAGUUACAGUUCAAACUUCUGCUUACAAUUAAUCUGAUUACUCCUCGCUAUCGGUAUAAACUUGUAAAAUUGAAUAACUUCCUCGAGCUGUUCAGAAUCUAAAACUGAAUAAUAUAUUAUGAACAGCAAAUAUUUUAUACUUCUAUAAUAUAUAAACUCUUGCCACUAAUUGAGUUGAAUAGUUUGAUUGCAGAGUUUUAAAAACUUUAGGCGUUUUAUUCGAAUAAAAUAUUAAAUAAUAAUAUGAUAUACAAAAAAAAAACACCAAAAAUAUUUUAAAUAAAAUUGUAUUUUUAAAAAUGUAUAAAUGUACAAUUGAAAAUUGUUUUAACAUAAUUCUAAAUGCAUGCGUAUUCCAGAGUAAAGCAUUGAAUCCAAGAUCAAAUAUGCGUCAAAUGUGGUCACAUCCGCCGUUAGCAGCAGAUUUUAAAAUUUAUUUGUUCAAUGUCACUAACCCCGAAGAAGCUCAGAAAGGAGAGAAAAUCAUACUCAAAGAAGUCGGACCUUAUUUCUAUCAGUGAGUGAUUUACUUGUAUAAUAUAUGUAUAUAUUAAUAAUUGGUUACAAUAAAUAAUAUUGCGUACUAUUAUGACGCCAUUAUGCCGCGAAUUUUAUGAUUUAGCGAAUGGAAAGAAAAAGAAAAUUUAGAGGACGACGUAAACAAAGAUACUAUUGAGUUUAGUUUCAGAAACACUUUUAUCUUUGACGAAUCGUUGACAAUGCCGCUAACCGGAGACGAAAUUAUAGUUAUGCCUCAUGUAGCUAUGAUAGUAUGUAUUAUAUAUACACAAGUAAUAAAAAAAAAAAACAAGACAAAAUAUUAUUCUAAGCAUUUUAAACUUGGCAAAUUAAUAUUAACAAUGGUAAAACUUAAAAUCUAACAUAAUUUUGUCUAAAGUAAUGUCACUUGUAUGGCCGUAUUGCCCGUAUCAACGCGUGAUAUAAUCUUUAGGAGUUGCCUAUAGGCAAUUUUCAUAGCUUUUGCUAUAAACAUUCUAAUUUAUUACAUCAAAAAUACUCAAACUUACUUUCAAAUAAAUGUUCAAGUAUUCUGUCGUUUAAUUAUGACGAUUAUUUUUUCUAUAAUAUCAUAGUAUAAACUAAAAUGUAUACGGAUAAACUGUUUCGCGCAAGACAUUUUAAUUAUUUGUAUUUAUAUAGUAGUGUUAUACACAUUUCACAAAAUACUAAAAAUAAUUUUAUCUUUAUUUAUUUGUAGACUUUCGGGUCUUUUUGUUUUUUAUUUAUUUUAAUUUAAAACUUAUGGAUGGUGCUGUUAAAAUAUUAUAAACACGCUAAGACACAGAUUUGAAUCUUUCUAAGGAUGCCACAACCGUAUAUUGUGCUGUAUCCGUUUUAUAAACCCACGAUUUAGCAAAUUUGAGUUCAAUAAGACCAAGGUUGUACUAUUAAUUUUAAUAUUAAAACCAAUAAUUGAUCUAUUAUCAAACUUGAAGAUAAUAACAUUAUAUCUUUGCGAUUAUUUAAGAUUUUUUCGACAUUAAAAUUUUUAAGCGAGACAUUAGCAUUUUUUAAAUUAUAAUAUUUCAUUUUUUUGUUUAAUUUUAUGAAAUUAAUUUUGAAAAAACAAAAUAUUUAACACAGGGAAUGGUGACGAUGACCAAGAUGUUGAAACCGGCAGCACUGGGUUUGAUCAAUAAAGCCAUACCCCUGUUAUAUCCGGAUCAGUCUGGUCCGUUCAUGGUGGCGACCGCUAACGACAUUAUGUGGAACGGAUUGGAUAUAAAUUGCACGUCCAACGAGUUUGCAGCAGCCGCCGUUUGCAUGCAAAUCAGACAGAACUCGGCAAGCCUGCAUAAAAUCAAUGAAAACCAUUUCAAGUUUUCAUUAUUCGGAGUGGUACGUCAACAAAAUAUGUGGACAUAAUUGCAUAGUGAAAGUUAUUAUUUGUUUUUGUCGAUACCUAAUUUAGUGUUUGAAAAACGAUUGAGAGUGAAGCUCGGAACCCAAUUGUCAAUUUCGUCGUUUCCCUCGCAGUUUUUUUAGGACUGUCUGAAUUAAUUUUUCAAAUAUGUUUGUACUGCUGCUUACCUUAAAACAAAUUUUCAUCAUCGUGUUCUGUUAUAGUCUAAAUGUGAUUUCAUAUUAUCCUAAAAGCAGCGUUGUACCUUGUACGUUAUCUAAAUAAACAUAUUUGUCUUAUCUAGAUAAAUAAUAAUUUAGUAAUUUUAAUACAGUAAUUAUUUAUCUGGAUAGUUAAAUUGACUUUUAAUUUUUCUGUUUUUAUUUCCGGUUUUGAUAUUCAGUAUUAUUGAAGAUAAUUAAUUAAUUGUUUAUUAUUUUUUUUUAGUUACUAAUUUUUUAUUUUUUAUUUAAAUACUUUAAUUUAGUUAUAGUGAACGGAAAAAACGAUUUCAUUAUUUUCAAUUUUUUUUUUUUAAUUAGGUUAUAACUAUUUAUAGACCUAACAUUUUCUGAAAUUAUUUUUUACAGAAUACUUUCUCCUUGUGAGAAGGUAUCAGAAUACUCCCACAGUACCUUUACCUGUCAUAGGAGAAAACAAAUGGGAUAGCAUCAGGUCGAUAGCCGGUGAAAACUCUGUCGAACAGUAUGAGGAGUCCUAAACAAGAAUUUGGCAAUUUUUCCCAACUUGGAUGUACGUGGGGAAAACAGGUGAGAGGAGGUACGAUGUUUGUAGAUGAUAUAGCUUUGAUAGGUCAAAAUAUCUAAUAAGUUGGAAACUGAAAAUGGCUUAAGGAAUGGAAAGUAGCAUUGAUAGCAAAGAGACUAAAGAUAAGUAGAAGUAAAACAUUAUGAGUUUGGAAAAACAGGACAAGCGGAUAUAAGCGAAGUAAAGUGUUUUAAGUAACUUUUGUACAAAAAAACCGGUGGCUUUCGUGUAGAUAUUAAACGUAAUAAUAUCGUUAAUUGUGAUUGGAUAAAGUGAAGAGAAGUGGCAUUCAUCAGAUGUUUUAUGUGACAAGAGAAUUCCAAUGAGAUUUAAAUUCUACAAAAGUAUAGUGAGACUGACUAUGUUAAUGGGUUGAAGUGUUUGGUGGUAGACAAAAAAAUAAAACAGAAAACUAGUUUAGCACAGAUGAAAAUGCUUAAGUGGAUAAGUGACGAGAGAAUAUAAAAUAAGGGAUGAGUACAUAAUAUGAAGCUUAGGUGUGGCUUCGAUAGUAGACAAAAUAAGAGAAAAUAGACUAAGAUAGUUUAGACAGUUCAAGAGGAGAGAGUAAUCUGAAACAGUAAUAAGUGUAUAUAUGGUAGGAGAUUGUGUCAAGUGACAAUUUAGAACGAGGAUGACCCUAAUCUCUAAAUAAUUGGGAUGAAGUUGAAGGCGAAGAAAAUUAAAAAAAAUAAUAAAUACUUUUAUGGAACUUUUCUAGACAUGGUAACAUUUUUCAAAACGUUCUGGCAAUUUUUGAAUUCUUCAUUGAUAUUUGUCAUUUAUUCGUUAUUUUCUGUCUACCUUUUUUUUAUUUUUUAUUUUGUUCAGAAAAAUGGAACUAUCGAGUCUAAUCGCUACACGGUAAACCGCGGCGUCAAAACGCCUAUGGACGUCGGCCAGGUUAUCCGAUUCAACGGUAAACAUAAACUGGACGUAUGGCCAGGAGACGAAUGUAACCGUAUCCAUGGAACGGAUACCACGAUAUUUCCACCGUUUAUCACACCGGAAACUGACUUGUCGAGCUUUAGUGGAGACAUUUGUCGGUAUGAUUAGAAAAAACAUUGUAUUAAUAUAAAAUAAUACCUACCUAAUAACAUCUACCAACGUAAAAUAUUAUAAUUUAUAAUGUAACACGUACCCAAUACAUAAAAUAUGAUUUAAAUAUUUGAAAUACUAUUAACGGAAAAAAUAACUAUUUAAUAAUGAUGCAUAUUUACUUGGAUAAUAAUUGCAUAAGUAUAGUAAAAGAAAUCAAAUAGUAUAAAUCAAAUCGAGAAAAAAACCAUCAGAAAUUUGUAAUAUUAAAUUCGUUUAAAAAUAGAUUAAUACAAAAGCUCACAAACAAAUUGACAAUAUUAUCACCAAUUAAUUAGUGAAUUUUGGAAUUUGAGCAAAUUUAUACGUUUUUAAAUACUAAAAUCUACACGACAUAAUAAUUAUCAACUGAUUUUAGAAUGAUGAUUUUAGAUAUUUUUUGUAUUGUUUCACAUAAUAAGUUCUCAAAUAUAGUCGAAAUUAAAGAGAAACACCUCGAGUUAACCUGAAAUCAAAUAACUAUAAAAAAAUUGAAUUGGGAUAUUAAAAUGUUUAUGUAUUUUCGAUUGUUAUUAUAUUUAGGUUGUAAUCUGUAGAAAUAAAUAUAAUUGCAUUUAACAUUCUGUUCAAAAUGCGGUUAGAUAUAUGAAUUCGGAAUUGAUAUUAUAUACAAAUUAAAUGUUAAGACUUAUUUUAAAAAUAUUCAAUAUAGGUAUAAAUUUAAAAUUCCAUACUUUUAUAAAAAUUAAUUUCUAAUAACAUUUUAACUCUAUUAGAGUCUAAUUUAGUAAUUGAACUAAUUGGAACAUUUCUAUUAACCAAAAAUGUUUUUUGAGGGGGGAAAAACACACAUUAGAAAAACCCUCCCAUCCCUUACUAUUGGCUCUACUUACUGCAUAAUUUUAGUAUUUAAUUUUAUAUUGUAGUAUUUUAUUAGUAUUGGUUAUACCGUUAUAGAUCUUUGUCUCCGGACUAUUUACAAGAAACAGAGUAUAACGGUUUGAAAGUAUUCGAAUACACGGCCAUGCUUGUGAAACCGGAAGAAAAAUGUUACUGUUUGGAUCCGAAAAAUUGUCUCAAACAAGGGGCGUUGGAUUUGACAAAUUGUACAGGUCCGUUCAAAGUUGAAACUAAUUUUUGAAUAUACAUUUUUUUCUUAUAGAUCUAGCAAGUUUUAAUUACAUUUUUAACGAAUAUUGUAGUUAAUAUGCCUACUUAAAUAUUAAAAUAUACACAGGUUCUCCUAUCAUUGCUACUUUUCCACACUUUUAUAAAUCAGAUGACUACAUAAACGACGUAGCUGGACUAAAUCCCGACCCGAAAAAACACGGGAUUAAAAUGUAUUUCGAACCAGUGAGUAUAUCAACUUGCAUUUUUAUUCCUCCCCGAUUAUUAUAUUAAUAUAUUAUUAUCUUUGUCAGUGACAUUCUCAGGAAUUUCCAAUGAGGGAACGGGGGGAGUUAUUUCUAAAAAAAAAAAUAAGGGGCCCUCAGCGCACACGCCUCUAGUUAUGAAAUUUAAUAUUAUUUUGGAUUCUGAGUGGUGUGAGGAAUAUAUUAGUUUUACAAUAAUAAUUUUUUUUUUUUUUCUACAAGAAAUCAUAAUCCGAUUAUAGCACUAUUUCUGAAAAGAAAUGUUCUCUGUGUAAUACUUUAAAGAGGACAUUUUUUGAAAUUCUCAUUAAUAUUCGAAAUAAUGAGAAAAACCCGGUUCUUUAGGUUGAAAAAGUUGUAAAAUUAAAAAUAAGGUUGUCAUUGGCAAUCGUUUUUAUUCAUAUUUUGUUAUUAUUAAGCUUUUAUUAUUUUAUAUAAUCUUUUUUAAACAAUCAUUGUUUAUGGUAAAAUAAUUACAAAAUUGCACGUUUUCAUAACAAUAAUUGUUUAAAAAAAAUUAAAAUAAGAAAAACUUAAUAAUAACAAAAAAUAAAUAAAAACGGUUGCCAAUGACAACCUUAUUUUUAAUCACUCAAUCUUUUUUAAUAAAAAGAACCGGGGUUUCCUCAUUAUCUCGAAUAUGAAUAAGAAUUUCAAAAAAUUACCUUUCUAAAGUAUCACUCAAAGAAUAUUCCUUUCAGAAAAUGUGCUAUACUUGGAAAUUGGAGUAAGCUUUCUGGUAGAAAAAGUGUUCACAUAAAAAAAAAAAAAAAACAUUUUCGUAAAACCAAUACAUUCAUCUAAAAUCAGAAUCUAAAAAAAUAACAAUGCAAAAUUUAAUGCAGAUUUUAUUUUUAAUAAUUUAUCAAUAAUAUUUUGGUGCUACUAAUAUGUUUAUAUUGUAAUUGUAAAUAUAAAUUAUACGAUGCGACAAUGCGUUUUCGCAUCCAUUACAAAUUUAAAACAAAUUUAUUGAAAAAAUAAAACGGCCAAUGGGAGGGGGAAUUAAAUCUCAUGACCUCUCCCCCUGUGAAUCCGCUCAUGAUCAUUGCUAUGGUUAUAUUUCUCUAUCUGUCUGAAUUUACGGCAAAUGGCAUAUUAUUGAGCAUUUAAUAAAGAAAAGAGUAUAUAUGUAUACUACAUAUUUUGCCUUUUAAUAUUUUCAUUUCUUAAUAAGUUAGUAAUGGUUAAAAUUAAUAGAAAAUUAAAGCAAGCAUAUUACGGUGACAAAAAAUAUAAAUAUUAAAAAAAAAUCUUUCAUAGAACCCAAUUUUAUUUUUCAUAAAAUGUCGAAUGAAAAUAUGGAAUGUCUUUGAGACUAUAUAUUUCGUAUGAGAGACAGAGAAAAUAAAUUUUAGCAAAGAAGUGCCUUAUCAAUAACAAUAACUUAUUUUUUUUAAACUAAAUUCGAACAUACUACUACAUGAGAAUUGAAUGAGAAUUUUUUUCAGAUGACCGGUGCGCCGUUGGUGGGUUACAAGCGUUUGCAAUUCAAUAUGUUUUUGAAAAAAGAACCAAAGAUAUCGACGAUGAAAACGCUCAAUACAGAAGAGAAGCUCAUACCGAUGUUCUGGGUCGAAGAGGUAAAAAAUAUUUCAAUAAAUUUCAAUAUUAUUUUGUAUAUUUAUCGGAGGAAGGAGGGUUAAUAAUACUUAAUGAAUAAUACAUUCGCUGCUAGUAUCUGUCUAACGAAUUAAUAACACAAUUUUAACACACAUUAUUAUUAAUUACUUAAACUAUUAUUAUAAUUUAUUUUAUAUUGCUAUUAUUUAAUUACAGGGAGUCGCGUUAAACAAGACGUGGACCGGUCAGAUAAAAAAUAAACUAUAUUUGCCGAUUACUAUUGUCAAAUAUGCCAAAUACGUAAUAGUAGGGAUGGGAGCCAUAUUUAUAUUAUUAGCGGUGGUCGUCAACUACAGCAGCGUUAAAACAGUGGAAAUCACACCAAAUACUUAAAAUACAAGAAGUAUUCGAAAAAAAUAAACGAAGAAUGGAGAUGAACGAUACCAAAAAGUUUCGAUUUCGAUAGUUCUUGUUUUUCCCUCGAUACUAUGAAAUCUGGACAAAAUAUUUU